AUGACUGUGACAGAUUUUACAAUCAUGAUGCUUAUAUGCUGGUCCUGUGAAAGUGGGCAAGAGAGAUAUAGUCGGUCCAAGGAAGAACUGGUAAUUGAAAAGCCAUGUCGACGGACUGCUUCAGAGGACCUGGCUGAAUUCAUGUGCUCCUCAAACACCCUGAGUUCUUUGACGAUCCGUAUACUUGGACGCCGAGGGAAUGCACAUAUGCAUGAUGUGUUCUACUCGGUGCUUGCUCGGAACGCCACUGAUACAAAGAUUGAGUGUCUUGACAUCAAUUACAUUGAUCUCAGUCAACGUCAGUCUGCAUCACGUGAUCUGGCUCAGUUCAUUUGUAAGAUGCCUCAUCUCAAGAAACUUCGUCUCUAUGGUGGAGGGUUUGUUGCCUCAUUUAAUGACGAGUUCUAUUCAACGUUAUCAUCAUUAGCAUCGUCUUCAAAGAUUGAGCGUCUUGAUAUCAAUUACAUUGAUCUCAGUCAAUGUCAGUCUACAUCACGUGAUCUGGCUCAGUUUAUUUGUAAGAUGCCUCAUCUCAAGGAACUUCAUCUUGGUGCUUAUCAAAACAGUCCGAAAUUUCAUGACGAGUUCUAUUCAACAUUAUCAUCCUUGGCAUCGUCUGCAAAGGUAUAUUUUCAGUUUCUUAUUUUCUUCCAAUUAUUGCAGUAUGAAGUGAUGCAGAUAUUCACUUUCUUCAACUCAAUUUUGUCUAAUGUAAUAUACCAGUGGAAAGAUACAUCAUUAUAUUUCGAACAUUGUGUAUAGGCAUAACGCGCUUGGCCCACUUUGUAUUAUUUGUUUUUAUUCUGUCAAACAUUCUUAAAUAUUAUCAUAAUCCC